AUUAACCACUCGUUCGUUAAAAGAUCGAUAACGAGAAAAUUCGAAAUGAAGUUUGCCCAAAUCGUGGUGGUUUUCGUUGUAAUUUUGGUCGCGAUGGGUCACGAAAUAUCUCGACCUAAAAAUCGACUGACAAAGGCUUUUGACGAGGAAAAAAAGAUCACAAACUACGUUGAGACGCGAAAACACAAGCUCUAUCACGAUCUGUUUCUCUUUAUGGGAGGACUGCAGAGUUUGGUUACGUUCGUGGUGAUAAAGAUCAAGAUUGUGUUGGUAGUUGUGACUUUGAUCGGUUUUAUCGCACUCUCAUUCAAAUUGCUUGGUCUGCUGAAGUACACGGGUUAUUUUUACAAGAAUGAUUACCCAUCGAUUGGUCCGCCGGAAUAUUCGAGUUACCCUGGUCCACCGUUAACAGGAUAUGCUUCGUCGCAUCACGAGCACGAAGUUUACAGCAAUGAUUGGGCUCCGCAUCCGGAAUCGUAUUCUAGAUCAAGAAGAAAUCUGAAGAAGUUUGGCGUUACAAGACGAAAUUCAACAAAAUUUGAGAAUGAAGACUGCAUUACUUAUUACAAAAAGUGUGUUGGACCAAACGCAACAUACAUGAAUCAUGGAAGAAAGACACGAGAUUUGAGGAGACAGAGUCCAACAAAUUAUUUAUGA